AUGUCAUCGGACAGCGUUGCUGUUAAGGAAGUGAAUCCACGCUUUUUGGAUGAUAUUGGAAACGAACCUAAACAAAUGUUGGCACCCAUCUCGGGCUAUGAAAGGGAACCACUAAUGUCAUUAAAAGGAGCUGUUAAGCCCCUUCUCAACAUCGUUCCUGAACUAACAGCAUACAUGUGGGUUGCUAUGGCAAACUCGAAACAUGGUUCGGAUGGUCUCACUCCUGAUGAAUCAGCUGCUAUUCACUUAUAUACAAUGGAAGGGAGCGGACAGAAAAACAGUUUAUAUUAUUUGCUCAAUUGUGCAUUACGUGAGAUUGAUCGUCGGCGACUCAUUCCAUGGUUUGGAUAUUUGAAAUUAUUGUUGACAGCUCUAUUCAAACUACCGUCGGUGAAAGCAACGGUUUGGAGGGGUGUAAGUGCUGAUUUAAGUCAAGAAUAUGCUGAAGGUAGUUUUCGCACGUGGUGGGCACUAUCAUCUUGUACGAACAGAAUUAAAGUUCUUGGAUCACCUUCGUACAUUGGAAACGCAGGUGUUCGUACUCUGUUUUCUAUUGAUUGUGAAAACGGAAAAUCGAUUCGAACUCAUUCAUAUUUCAAGAAUGAAGAUGAAAUAUUGUUGAUGCCAGGUACGUAUUUGGAAGUUGUUAGUGAAAUUAAUUUAGCAGAAGGCCUGCAUGUUGUUCAUUUGCAAGAAAAAGAGCCGCCUGUUCAACUGCUAAUACCGCCUUUCGCUUUGGGUACAGAUGUCUCACAGAACUCAUCUACGUUAGCGGAUGCUGAUGACAUUACUACAUCCGAUAAAAAUACUCUUGAAAAUUCGUCGACCCAAGCUGACCUAGGCUUUAUGCCAGAAGUUAUUAAUAGGGAAAUGAAUGUACGCGAAGGUGCUACCGUUAUUCAAUCCAGAGAAGAAGAAUCAAUUGAUUCUCCGCGGCUUGUUGGUCUCACAACAAAAGAAUCAUCACUUGUUAACACGUCGUUUGAUUCACCGGAUGCCAAAAAUACACAGCCUAAAUGUUUGCCCCGGAUGUCAUUAUCUCCUAAAUUUCGGCUUGUUUGGCUAUGUACAGAUGAUAACUACCAGUUAUUAGAUGAACUAAACACUAUUUUCGGAAAUUCGUUUGCAACUUUUUCAAAUGUCGACA